GCAUAAUACUGACUGUUUCUCAGAAUCCAAAUAUGUUAAGCUGACAGAGUGCACUUGAACUUUUCGCUUUCCUGAAACUCACACUGGUGUGAUUCAUAAGGCAUUGGAAAGAAAGAGGAGAAGGUCUUGAGGAAAGGUGGGAAAGGAGCUACUUAGAUGGGGAGGUUAAUUUGAACAGAAUAAUGAACAACACUCGAGGCCUUGGUUUCUUUGCUUAGUUGGGCUUUCUAAGCCUAUGAAAAGGGGAGAGAGAAGAUCAGACCAUGCCAAAAGUAUUGGGCCAAGCAUGGUAAUGGAUGAGGGCAGCUUGAUAAUCCCCAUCAAUAAAGAUGCCUAUGAAGUUCUUAAGAAAGGAGAGGACUGUUUAAACAAUCUCAUUUACAAAAAGUUUGCUUGUACGUUGACCUUCAAAAGUACAAAAUGCACCGCUGAAGUAUACAGGAAGAAACUAAAGCAGGGAAUUGACAUUUGUGUUUGUAAGGAUGAUCUCACAAGACACAGGGCCGAUGCUUUGGUGAAUGCAGCCAACGAAUAUCUAGAUCAUGUAGGAGGCCUUGCUUUAGCCCUUGUGAACGCUGGAGGGCCAGAAAUAGCAGAGCAAAGCAAUCUUCAUAUUCAAAGGUAUGGAAAACUCACAGUUGGCGAAAUAGCAGUAACAGGUGGAGGGAUGCUUCCUUGUAAGAAAAUUAUUCAUGCAGUUGGUCCAAGGUGGACCGUUUUUGAAAAGGAAAGAUGUUGUGACCUGCUUCAGGAAGCUAUCGUGAAUGUUCUGAAGUACGUUAGUGCCCCAGAAAAUACUAUAAAGUCUGUGGCUAUCCCAGCAGUGAGUUCAGGUAUUUUUGGCUUCCCGCUCAGUUUGUGUGCUCAAGUGAUUGUAAUGGCUAUAAGGGGAUUUGUUGAGGCAAGUCCACCCAGCUGUCUCAGGGAAAUCCGCCUGGUGAACAUUUCUGAGCCUACAGUUGCAGAAAUGAAGAAGGCCUGUGAAAAGUUUCUGGGUGAUACCAGUUCACUUCAGGAAACUCUUUCAGCUUCACCAAGCCAGCCUUCAGCUUUCAUCAAACAUGGAGACAUUCGCUUGCGCAUCAUAAGAGGACUCAUUGAAGAGCAGAAGACUACAGCUGUUGUUAAUUCUGUGUCUGUGAAUGGCGAGCCUUACUGUCUGGUUUCAAGAGGACUGCUGCAAAAAGCGGGUUCAGGUCUUCAGAAUGAACUUCAGUCUUGUCUAAGACAUCGUUUGUCUUAUGACGAAGUCAUAGUAACAAAAGGGUAUAAUCUGGCCUGUGAGCUUGUACUGCACAUUGUAUGGCAGCAAUACCACCACAGGGUGUUACUGUGUGAGGAAUUAAAAGCUGCAAUGGCAAGAUGCCUGUAUUACCUUUCAGACUGGCAGUGUCCCUCAGUUUCUUUUCCAGCAAAUGGGAUUUGGUCGUCAAUGCUGUCUGUUGAUAUAGUGGCAGAGAUCAUGAUUGGCGAGGUUUUAAAGUUUGCCAGGGCACACCCUGAGAAGAAGAUGGAUGUGCAGUUUGUCGUAUGCCCAGAUGACUACGAUGCCUAUCAGGUUUUCCAGGGAAAAUUUUAUUCAGCAGCACAGAAACUGGGAAAAAAGGAGUAUUACAACAGAAGUGAUCAUUUGAGUACAGAGUCAGGCAGUCAAAGCAUAAAAGAGACUGCAAAUAAUGAACCAGCUAUUGAACUUAAAGGGAACACACAUACAGCAUUGGAAGCAGCAGAAUCGUGGAUCCAAAGCGUGGUACAAAUUCAGGAAAGUCACCGUGCUAUUAUUGAAAACAACUACAUUUUUAGCCUCGGUAAAAACGAGUUUGCAGAACUAUCUCAAGAGUGGCAUUCUAGUGUAUGUGUAUCAGAAGAAGUGCGAGGUGGAAAAGCAAGACUGGAAUUUCAGGGCCCCCCUGAUGCUCUGAUUGAAGCAGUGCUCGCAACUGAAAAAUUACUGCUUCGUAUGCAAGAGAAGACUACAGCCAAACAAGAGGAACUGCUGUACUUAAUGGGCCAACCAGAAGCAGGUCAGCUUUCGGAAGGACACCAUCACAGGACAGAUAUUACUAAACGCGUCCAGAUUUCACUGGUGGAAUCACACCUUCAGGAGUUUAAAGACAGACAGAAACAGUUUGAAAAAGCUGGGCUUUGUGUUCUCAAGAUUGAGAAGAUACAUAAUCCUCUUUUAUCUGCUGCAUUCCAACAAAUGAAAAAAAAAAUAGAAGAAAAACAAGGUACCUCCAAAGUAACCCACAAGUUGUACCAGCAUGUUCCUGCUCAGUUCUGCAGCUCAGUGUGCCAAACUGGAUUUCACAGGAUGUACUCACCACCAACAGAACAAAAAUAUGGAGCUGGCAUCUACUUUAAAAGGAACCCGAAAAGCCUAAUCGAGCGUAAAGAUACGUGGGAAACAGACUCUAAAAUGUACGUGUUUGAGGUUGAUGUAUUAACAGGCUUAUACACUAAAGGGAAGCCGUCCUAUAUUACGCCACCGGCAGUGGAGGGGGAUGCCAUUAGGGUAUAUGACAGCUUAGUAGAUGAUGUAAACAAUCCUGACACCUUUGUCAUUUGCAACAGCAUUGGGGCCCUUCCACAAUAUUUGUUGACUUGUUCCCAAGUGAGGGAGAGGUAUGUGGCCCUCUGAGGAAACCAGUACCAUCCUGAGUAAGAAUUAAUCAGAACUGUAGCUAUUGUGAAGACCCCCUCAGAACAAAGUCUAGUACUUAGAUUUUAAGAGGAUGUUCUACCUAGUAACAUGCUGUGAUCAAAGUGCCUUGUGCAAAGUGCUCUGGGAUAUCUGUGAACAAAAGAAGUAAGUCAAUACCUUAAGGAGAUUAGAAAACAAACUAUCUGUGAAUGGAAAGGGAAGGGAAAGCAUCACAACAUACAGUUUAACGUUUAUCUGGUCAUUUACUUUAUGCCUUAAAGUGUUCUGAGCGUGUGACU